CUCAAAAUCAGCCACACACCACUAACUUCAACCCUUAGAAUCUAAAAACCAUCUCUCCCUUCUUCUACCUUCAUUCCACUCUUCCACCUUCAUUCUCUCUCUCCUCACUUCCUUCCAUCCAAAACACAACCAUGUCUUUCACAAUCCCCACUAACCUCUACAAACCUCUUGCUACCAAACCUAAGCAUCUAUCUUCUUCCUCCUUUGCACCAAGAUCAAAGAUUGUUUGCCAACAAGAAAAUGAUCAACAACAACCUAAGAAGCUAGAGCUAGCUAAGGUAGGUGCCAACGCUGCCGCUGCGUUGGCUCUUUCCUCAGUGCUACUUUCCUCAUGGAGUGUAGCACCCGAUGCUGCCAUGGCUGACAUUGCAGGGCUAACACCAUGCAAGGAGUCCAAGCAGUUUGCUAAGAGGGAAAAGCAGGCCUUGAAGAAGUUGCAAGCCUCGUUGAAGCUGUACGCAGAUGAUAGCGCACCAGCUUUAGCGAUCAAGGCUACAAUGGAGAAGACCAAGAAGAGGUUCGAUAACUAUGGAAAGUAUGGUUUGCUUUGUGGGUCUGAUGGACUUCCUCAUUUGAUAGUGAGUGGUGAUCAGAGACACUGGGGUGAGUUUAUCACACCAGGGAUUUUGUUCUUGUAUAUUGCUGGGUGGAUUGGGUGGGUUGGAAGGAGUUAUUUGAUUGCUAUUAGGGAUGAGAAGAAACCUACUCAGAAGGAGAUUAUUAUUGAUGUUCCUUUGGCUUCAAGUCUUCUUUUUAGAGGCUUCAGUUGGCCUGUUGCUGCUUAUAGAGAGUUGCUCAAUGGUGAGCUUGUUGACAACAACUUUUAAUUUUAUCAUCCUUUUAUCAAAUCAAUUAAUCCUGUGUUAUAUUGUCUACUAUGUAUAUCUUAAAUACUCCUUUUUGGAAACUUGAAUGUGUGUUUCGAUUGUUUGAUUGAUUCA